AUGACAUUCAAGAACCGGGCGAAAGCUCGUGCUCAAACAAUUCGAAAGUUUGAAAGCAGAACUGUGGAUCCUUUGUCAAAAGGUGUUGCUGACAAGCCCAAGUGCCAAUCACCAGACAACCAUGCACGAAGCGCCAUCGCGGCCCUGACAGGGAAGGGCUUGGAGUUGCAAGUGUCCAAAUCGCCGCAUUUAUUGGACGGGAAGCAGUACGACCAAAUCGUCUCCCUUCGGAACAACGACCGCAACAGACACUACCGGGAAUGUACGCAACAUGCUGCAGAACAGAUUGGAGUCCCGGAGAAGAGUGGCAGCCGACCAAGAAGGCGGCAGAUCGACAUCCUGGGCUUCUCCGCUGGCGUGAAGGAUAAACUUUGCUAUGCAAUCGAUCGACGGGUUGCCCCUUCGGUGGCUGAGAGCAGUGCGCCUGAGGAGGAAGCACCAGUUGAAUCUCAGCAUGAUGAUGAUGAUGAUGAUGAUGAUGGUGGUGUCGCUGAUGCUGGUCAAGUGACACAAGAAGAGGCGAGACGAGGUGACAAGAGGUGUGGAGAGUUGAAAAAAUGUGAAAAGAGGUGGGACGAGUUGCAACGAGAUGAAAGGAGUUGCGAACAGGACGACAUUGGCAAGGCUUCUGGGCAAAACCCAGCAUCUAUGAUUUGCCUACGGAGGUGGCCGUGGCGGAGCUUCAACCCUUUGGAACAGCAACUGGCGCAUCAUCCAUCCUUUGUAUUUGCAGAGGUCUUGUUCUUUCUGCUCUCUGGGUUUGCAUUUCUUCAUGCAGCCUGCGAAUCCUACGCCAAAGAGGAAAGGCGAUUGAUGCUGAUUUGGGUUGCCACUUUCAUAGUAGGCACCGUCAAUGACUACAUCUUCAUGCUCCUUCCUGUGGUUGACAAUUUUUGGCAGGCUCAGGGCUUGAUCAUGCUGACUCCCCGAAUGCCACUGUAUAUCCCCUGCGUGUACAAUGGCUUCAUGUAUUGGUCUACUGUUGCGGCAGCCAGAGUUUUUCGACAUGCACGCAGCAGUGCGUUAGCAGAAGCGAGCUUUGCAGGCUUGCUCGCCAUGAUCUUCUAUGCUCCUUACGACAUGUGUGGCGCAAGAUUCCUCUGGUGGACUUGGCACGACACAGACCCCGGUGUGGCACUCCGCUGGUUGGGCGUUCCGGGAGGGAGCACCGCAUGGACCAUCACUUUCACGGCUUGUUUCUCCCUCUUGCUGCGCCUAGGAGCGGAUCUUGGAUGGAGUCAAGUCAAGACACUGGCCUUGGCCUGCUGGUCUACCCCUCUCAUGAUCAUAGUGCUCAACGUUUUCACAGUUCUUGGCUUGGAUAGGAUCGGAAUGCCUGGUCCGCAAACAGUUUUGGCUGCUACUCUUUGCUUUGCAGCGAUGUGCAUUUGCCAACCGAAGCCGGAGGCUUGGCCUCAAAAGAAGGCGCAACUUCUCAAUGGCCCAGAGCAUUGGUCGGUCCGUGCAAUGCUUUGCACAUAUUUUGCAACGCUGGUCCUGGUGGGCUUACUCUUCUCUCCAGAGAAGCAGGUGUCCACUGGCGUUCAUCAGCAAUUUGGCUCGUGUGAUGCUACCGACAUCGACCUGAUGGGUUAUGAGCGCAAGCGUUACAUUUGCCGCGAGCGUUUCCCUACGACCUACUUCCAUUUUGAAUGCCGAAUGCCCGAGGCGGGAAUGGAACAGAUCACCCCAGAGGCAGCCUUGACAGAUGGAGUGGCCUCCUGGUACACUAUCUGCGGACAGCCGCACGCUGACUAUCAGAAUUGGCUUUCUGGCUUGCUGGUCCUGUGUGGAACAGGUGCUUUGCUAUUCUUGUUUGCUUUCUCAACAUAUCUCAAGGAGGAAUCUGGAUGCAAGAUGCCUCCGUCUGUGGUGGAAAGCGAAAACCCGGAAGUGAAGGUCUCGGAUGAGCUUGGAAAGCGGCAACCUCGUUCAUCUACUCCUCGUCGGAAAGGCAAGUGA